UCACUUUUAAACUGGACAUAUCGCUGUCGCGAUAUAUUGGAUUGACUUGGGUAGAAAAGAGCAGUAUGCCUGGCGUUCCAUCCGGUCGGGGCUGCGAGGCUUGUCGCAGGCAGAAGAAGAAGUGCGAUCAAACCAAACCAACCUGUUCGCGAUGCUCACGUCUCAACAUCCCCUGCAUAGGCAGCGGGCAACGCCGCUUCAAAUUCAAAGACCAAAUGGUCGUCUGGCGGGACUCGUCCGCUCGACGCACCACGACCACCACCCCCAGUAGUAGUCCUCCCACCCCUCCCAGUACUAACCGCUGGGCAAUCGACGUCCCCCGCUCUCCUCACAACUCAAUCACAACCGCAACAACAGCCAUGGCGACGCUCCUAGACAUGUCCGACGUGCGCUACGAAGUCAUCUACUACGGCGAGUUCCUGAAGGAUCUCCCGCGACGACUCGGCAGUAAUGCGGUGCUGGACGCGUCGGUCGUGGCGUUCACGCAUGGCUAUUCGGCGAUUCAUACGCAUCGGCCGUCGGCCGAGGCGUUGGGGAGCUAUGUGCAUGCGUUGAAGACGUUGCGGUUUGCGUUGGAGGAUCCGGUGAAGACGAGGACGGCAGAGACGUUGUGUGGGAUUUAUUUGAUUAUGAUUUGUCAGAGCUGGCUCGGCAAGCAGGACGAUAACUAUGUCAGUCACGGGGAAGCGAUGGCCCAUUUAUUGAGCAUGGCCGUGACGCAGAAUUGGCAGGGAGGAUUCAUCAAGGAAAUGCUCCUUACCUUUUCCGUCCCAGUGCUCCUCGAAAGCACAUUCAACCCGCGCAUAAAAAUCUACCCCUGGUUCUCCAUCAUCUGCGAAAGAUACUUCCCCCCGCAGCCCACAAAAGCGAGCCCCUUCCCCAGCCUCAUGCUCCGCAACCUCGCCAGCAUGCCCCAAUUCAUCCGUUCCCCGGAACAACACGUCUUCGAGAUCGAAGCCACCUACACAGCCAUGCGCGCGGACAUGCCUCGUCUGCGCUCCCUCCUAACCGAAACAUCCUUAGCCCUGUUCCCGACGCCAGACGCCGACCCGGGCAUCGUGGCCAUGCGCAAGUUGACGCGCUACCAAGCCGCGUAUGGCAUCCUCAUGGCGCUAGGGAUCAUGCUGAACCGGAUCCUCAGUGAAUUCGACCCCGAUGACGCAACCCUCGCCGCGGACGGGGCGUACAUCUUUGACGAGAUGAUGAUCCUGGCGGUUGAGGCGGCGCGACACAGGCCAUUGGGGUCGGCGUAUAUGCCGCUUUGUCUGGCGUCGGCGUGGUCUGCGACGACGGAUGAGACGAAGAAGGCGCAGGCGCUGGCGAUUUUGAUGGAGUAUCAGAAGGACUUUAGUGAGGCGAAUUGGUUGGCUGGGGGGGUUUGGUUGGCGAGGAAGUUUGAUGGGUUGAGGAGGAAGUUGGGGACGGAGAGGGUGGAUGGGAAAGUUGGUGUGUAAGACUCUGGAGAUGGA